UCUAAAUCCUUUGCGAAUACAUAACAUUGGAUAUUCUAUACAGUCUCUCGGUAAUGCAUUAUAUGUUGCGAUAAGGAAGUGCUAAAACAAUAUUUGAUCCAGGGCAUGAAACAUGAGGAACAUACUAGUAAUUUUCUGCUUCAUAUAUGGAGAAUUUACUUUGUUGAGCAUGACGUAUACAGAUAUUUGUUCUGUUUGUGUGACCAAUGACGAUGAUUAUUACCAUGGUGAUGAUGAUUAUAGUGGUGACUAUACAUGUGAAACGUGUGACAAAAUACACAGAGUGAAAGAUCGGUUUUGUCGUAGAUGGUGUACUACACCUACUUUUCCCGAUUCAUCUACAAACAUUCCUACUACGUCAGAUCGUGUACCGUGUCCAACACCGACUCUUACAAAUGGAAUUUCUGAUGAAGGGACUGCAGUGUUAACCUGCUCUUCCAAUAAAGAGAACUCCGUGGGAUCUAUCGUGGGAGCGGGUAUAGGAGGAGCUGUAUUCGGAGCUGCUGUUACUGUCUUGGUUUUCGUUUGUGGUUGUCAGAGAAGAGAGCGAUUACAGAAGAGAGAGGCGCUGUCACAAGCUGUGGGAAAUCCCAGCUACCACAAGAAGGACGGUAAGGAGAAACAAUUAAUUCAAGAUAAGGGCGACAGGAAAAGCGCAGUGUAUAACGAAAUCAUCGACGAAAUGCCAACGCAUUCACAGGACAUAUCCACAGAAAAACAAGGGGGAUCACUUGAACCUGGUGUGUACGAUCUGUUGAAUGAAACGGAUAUUUCAGACAAGAGCGAAUACUAUGACCAUGCAAAACCAGUUCCUUCUCAAACCACACAGUCUGAUGGAUACGAAAGUGUACAGAUAGGAAUCGGAGGUAUCUCUGAUCACCAAGGAGAAAAAACUGAGGGAAAAAGGCAACCGCUGGGCAAUGAUGAAUACUUCGUUGUAGAGGAGAAGAGGACGUAAUAGCUGAUACCUUCUAUCGCCGACUCCGUAAAAUUAUUUUCGUUUUCGAUAAACUAACCCAAAAUAUCAAAAUGAGAGUACAGAAUUGGACACGCUAUGGCGGAUCUAAGUCAGUUUCCCUCUUUCUUAAUGGCAACUUAAGAUAAUAUGAUAUGAAGUAGAUCCGUUGUUUAUCGAUGCUUGGUUUUGAUCUUACAGAGGGAAUAAGUUUUGAUAAUUGUUAAAUUGAUAAAAUAUA